CUCCUCCCUACUUUAAUGCUAGCUAAGAUGGUGGUUUGAGCGUAAAUUGUCUCCCCUGUGCUAAGAAAAGAAAGGGGCAAAACAUCUCUAUAGACUUUUAAUCACAACAGAACAACAAUACUGCGGUUAUCUUAAGUGACCGGCUAUAGAAGAUUUGACAUUUCAGACACAUUGGCUCGCAGUCCCCGCCCAAUUCGGUGUGACUCCCUUGGAGUGGAAUCCUAAGCUAAAUACGGACAGGCCCUGCGCUCCGUGACCAGCUACAACACUCUCCUAAGCCACACCAUAGGAUGUCCCACAGCCCUGAACUGAAGGACGACCCCAUGGAGUGCCCUCUGUGCAUGGAGCCGCUGGAGAUUGAUGACGUCAACUUCUUCCCCUGCACGUGCGGCUAUCAGAUCUGCCGCUUCUGUUGGCAUCGCAUCCGCACAGAUGAGAACGGCCUCUGCCCUGCCUGCAGAAAGCCGUACCCAGAGGACCCCGCUGUGUACAAGCCACUCUCACAGGAAGAGAUCCAGAGGAUAAAGAACGAAAAGAAGCAGAAACAGAACGAAAAGAAGCAGAAAGUGACAGAAAACCGAAAGCAUCUGGCCAGUGUCCGAGUAGUCCAGAGAAACCUAGUGUUUGUGGUUGGGCUCUCACAGCGACUCGCCGAGCCGGAGGUCCUAAAACGACCAGAGUAUUUUGGGAGGUUUGGGAAAAUCCAUAAAGUGGUCAUCAACAAUAGCACAUCCUACGCAGGUUCACAGGGGCCCAGUGCCAGCGCUUAUGUCACUUACAUCCGCUCUGAAGAUGCUUUAAGAGCAAUACAGUGUGUAAACAAUGUGGUUGUUGAUGGCAGAACACUCAAGGCUUCUUUAGGCACAACAAAGUACUGCAGUUACUUCCUUAAAAGUAUGCAGUGUCCUAAACCUGAUUGUAUGUAUCUACACGAGCUGGGAGAUGAAGCAGCUAGCUUUACUAAAGAGGAAAUGCAGGCAGGGAAACAUCAAGAAUAUGAGCAGAAACUCCUCCAAGACCUCUAUAAAAUUAACCCUAGCUUUCUACAACCUCCCGCAUGUGGAACAGAGAAGUCAAAGAGUAAACCCAACUCUACACAGAGAUCCAACAGUACCAACGGUAAAGAUGGGUGGCCGACGCUGUCAGGACACAACAAACUGGCCAACGGACUCUCAGAGGACCGCAAGUCUCCUCCGCUGCUAGACUAUCUAGACCAAGAAGUUCUCGCUUCAGAUGGGCUAGAAACGGAUCUAGUUCCUGGUCAGCAUUCAGCAUUGUCCCCCUUCUCCUCCAACUGUGACAGCAACAGUCCCAGUGACAAACCCCCAGAGUCCAUCGGUAUGGUGAACGGAGAGACUUUACAACAGAUGCCCACCAGCGACUCUCCCUCUCCUCCCCCUGGUUUAACCAAGCCCAGCCUCGUGGUGCCCAUCAGCGUGUCAGACCUCGCAGCCCGUUCGCCAUUCGAGGGAGCGGCCGCUGAGUCCCAGUCGCUGUUUUCAGACAACAGUAACUUCAGACACCCUAACCCGCUCCCCGCUGGCCUGCCCCCCUUCCCCAGCUCCCCUCGCGGCAACUCUGACUGGCCUAUGACCCCCGAACCACAGAGCCUCUUCGCAUCAGACACAAUACCAGUGUCUUCUUCCACAGACUGGCAGGCGGCCUUCGGCUUCGGCUCGUCCAGCAAACAGCAGGAUGACGAUCUGGGCUUCGACCCCUUCGACGUCACUCGUAAGGCCUUGGCUGACCUGAUAGAGAAGGAGCUGUCUGUGCAGGAUCAGAGCCCCUUUUCCCCGGGGCUCCUCUCCCACGGUGGGAACAACCAUGGACUCGGCCUGCCUCCAUUCAACCCCAACGCCGGCACCCCUCACCACUUCCCCAGCAGCAUGCCACGCCUGCCUCCACUCCACCACAGAGCCAUCUACAGCUCCUUCAGCUUCCCCGGCAGCCAGAACAGCCCGGCCAGUCAGCAGCAGCAGCAGCAGAAAGCCGCCAGACACCCCUGGAUGGGCGUCCCGACACGGAAUAACCUCACACACUUGAACCACUCAGCCAGUGCUGCCUCACACAGUAAUUUCCUGGACCUGAAUCUGCCCCCUCAGCACAACACAGGGCUGGGAGGGAUCCCCAUCUCAGAAAACAGUGGCUCUAUAGACGGCUUAAAUGUGAAAGAGUGGCAGGACGGCCUGAGAGCGCUCCUGCCCAACAUCAAUAUCAAUUUCGGGGGCCUCCCAAACUCUUCUUCCUCGUCAUCCUCCUCGUCCUCCAACAGUGUAAACCACAUCGGUGGGCCGGUGGGGCCAGCAGGCAUCUCACACAGCCUGAGCUGGGACGGCACAGCCAGUUGGAUGGACCCUGCUAUCAUCACAGGCAUCCCGGCCUCAGCAGGCAACAGUCUAGACUGUCUCCAGGACGAUAACCCACCACACUGGCUCAAGUCCCUGCAGGCGCUCACAGAGAUGGACAGCCCGGCCAGCUCAACGGUGCCAACUCCCCCCCAGCCCAACCACAGCGGCCUCCUGGACGCCCACCUCCCCCUCCACCACAGAGCAGCCGGCGGCUGGGCUCCCUACCUGGCCCCGACCACAGCCAAUCCCGCCAGCCAGUUCCACUCCCCUCCCCCCGGCUUCCAGACCGCUUUCAGACCCCCGGGACAGCCCGCCACAGAGCUGCUACAGAGUGCCGCUGUGGACCGCCACUGAACAGACUACAGCAGACACCCAUCCCCGCCCCCCCCCCACUACCACAUUAUACCCACUCACUCUGUAACCCCGCCUCCCUCCCCUCGAUGCAAUACACACCAAUCUGCAGAGAAUGGAAAAUGAUUAACAAAGUAACAAACCCACUUUCUUCUUUUUCUCUUCCUCCUUCCUCUUGUCUACUCUGAAGGCCCGUUUGGUUUUAUUUGUGGCACACGAGUUAUCGGGAACCUUGACCUGCUACUAUCAUGACGGCUCAUGAGACCCGUCUGUGGCUCCUCAGACCCGUCUGUGGGCGUAACGUGAGGUAAACCAUGCGGUUCGCUGUUAACUGAGGGCACAAGAAGCGGUAGGGCAUCGAGCGCCCAUCGGUGCUCCACAAACUGACCGAGACACAAAUUAGCUGAAGGGAGACCUUUUUUGAAAAAAGUAACUAAUGAUUAAUCAGGCGUUUUUUUUUUUUUUUGUUUGUUUUUUGAAAGUUGAAGUCACGAUGCGUUUUUGAGGAAUCAAGCAAGCUGUGAAUCUGCUCUUGAAGCUUUGCCCCAAAUACCCUCAUUCUUCCCACCCACCUUAACAGGAGACUGUAGAGCGGUGAACCCUCACAGCCGCCGAGGUGACACACACACACACACACACACACACACAGAGAGAGAAAUAGGUGUUGGCUUUUUUUUUUUGUUUUUUUGAGAGUGGUUUUAAAACAAGGAAGCUGAGAGCUGGUUAAUCGUAGAGUGAAUGCUGACGGCCCAGGGGGGCCCCAGGGCUCAGGCUAUGCACGGGGCUCCCUGUUAGGUAGGGAGACAGGCGGCCGGCUUCAGAGCUAGAGAUUUUGCUGAACCUCUGUAUCAGAGGAUAGAGCAGUGCCUGACCGCGGGGCGCCGGGCUCUGGGACGUCGUGGCACACAUUCUGAGCACUAGGGUUGGACUCUUACUCACAGUGCCACUGUGUGGUACCUACGGUAACUAGCCCUGACACGGACGGCCACCAAGUAGAUGACAGGAGGAUACGUCACAGAGGACUAAAGAGGGCAGCGAGCGGGUUAACCGGUCCCUUUGUUCGGCACACGGGGGCUUAAACGAGGCCUUAACAUGGACAGAUGAGAGGCAGGAGUGAUGGCAGGAGGAGUCUAGCGUCAAUGGUUGCUGGGAAAUAUGCAAUAUUGUAUGCGACUGCAGUGACCGUAUGGCCCCAAAGUAAGGUGCUGCAAGACAAUACCACGUACUGUAGUAGUGAUUUAGGGAGCGUUCAGCCUCUAGGAUUCGAGAUCAACCUCUCCGACCACCGCCUUUUUUUUUCCUUUUUUUUUUAUCAAAGUCUUAAGUCUCGUUCUCUCUCUCUCUCUCUCUCCCUCUCUCAUAUCUUACCCCCCCCCUUCCCCUACACCUCCCCUCCUGCUGUUCCCUAUUUAACAGUAUUUCACAAAAAUGAACAAACUCAUCCAGGAGAAGCCAACAGAGUCCUUCCGUGGGUUUUAACAUGACGUUGCGCGGGGGGAAAAAAACGAAAAAACAAAAUCGAGGCGCUUGAACUGUCCUCUGCAGGUCUGAAAAAAUGAACCGUAAAUAAAACUGAAAACUCAGA